AUGAGUCUCUCUGUGCCAGCCCGGGAAGUAUGGAAAGAGCUGAAAACAAACCCUAUUGCCAAGUACGGUGUGGCUACUGCUGUGACAGCCAUCAGUCUGGUGCUCCUGAGGAAAUGGAUUGCAGGUGGAGUUUGCCGAAAUCAAAUACGCCUUGAUGGAAAAACAGUGGUGAUUACUGGAGCCAAUACUGGAAUUGGAAAGGAAACCGCCCGAGAUUUAGCUCUAAGAGGAGCACGUGUGGUGCUGGCUUGUCGAGACAUGAGGCGAGGUGAGAAAGCCGCAUCAGAGAUCCGAUGGUCAACGGGAAAUGGGAAUGUGGUGGUCCGACAGCUGGACCUUUCAUCGCUCAGAUCUGUGAGGGAGUUUGCAAGCAAACUCAGUGCCACUGAGGAUCGGCUCGACAUCCUCAUCAAUAACGCUGGUGUAAUGCUGUGUCCCAAGAUGCUGACAGAGGACGGAUUUGAGACUCAGCUGGGGGUCAACCAUUUAGGACACUUCCUUCUUACAGUGCUGCUCCUGGACAUGCUGAAAAGCUCUGCACCCAGUCGAGUUGUCAAUGUAUCCAGCAUCGCUCAUGUCGGGGGGAAGAUCAACUUUGAGGACCUCUUCUACAAUAAAACCCCAUACGACUCACUAGUGAGCUACAGACAGAGCAAGCUAGCCAACCUUUUAUUCUCAAGAGAACUCUCACGUCGAACUCGAGUCUUUGGGGUGUCUUCGUUUGCCCUGCACCCUGGGGUGAUCAGGACAGAGCUGGGGCGCUACGUGGAGACACGGCACCCGUUUCUGAGUGCCCUUCUCCAGGCACCUGCCUGGCUCCUGAUGAAGACGCCCAAACAAGGUGCACAGACCUCCAUCUACUGUGCGGUCACCGAGGGGUUGGAGGUGCACACCGGCUGCUACUUCAGUGACUGUAAACUGAAGGAACCUGCUCCAGAGGGAAAAGAUGACCUAGCUGCUAUGAGGCUUUGGGACAUCAGUGCCAAGUUGGUGGGCUACAAUGAAGAAGACUGA